AUGCGCUUUUCAAUUGCUGUCGCAGCGGUCCUAGGCGGCCUUCAGGCUGUUUCUGCGCUCAAACUCUCGCCGAGAAAUGCGGUGGAGAGAGAAGAGCAGGUGCAAGCUGCACGGACGCGACGCAGCCUCGCGAAACGUGAAGACACGGACCCUACGCUGUUGUACCCCGAGUACAACAUUUCCGUGCCAGUCGACUUCUUCCAUAAUGAGACACGAUACGAGCCUCAUAGCAACGAGUCUUUUAACCUGAGGUACUGGUUUGACGACACGUACUACAAGCCCGGCGGACCGGUCUUUGUUCUUCUUGGUGGAGAAACCGACGGAGAAGGCCGCCUCACGUUCCUUCAGAAGGGAAUCGUUCACCAGGUCAUCAAGGCUACUAAUGGUCUUGGUGUCAUCCUCGAGCACCGUUACUAUGGGAAGUCCUUCCCGGUGCCCGAUCUGACGACUAAGAACAUGCGGUUCUUGUCGACUGAGCAGGCGCUUGCUGAAAUCGACUUCUUUGCGAAGAAUGUCAAAUUUGAAGGCAUCGAUGCGGAUUUGACUGCGCCCAACACCCCUUGGGUCGUCUAUGGUGGUUCAUAUGCUGGAGCUCAGGCUGCUUUCUUGCGAGUUGUAUACCCAGAGACUUUCUGGGGCGCAAUUUCCUCUUCUGGCGUGACCGUCGCAAUCUACGACUACUGGCAGUACUUUGAGCCUGCUAGACUCACCGGACCUCCCGAUUGCAUGAAGAACACGCAGCUUCUGAUCGACGUGGUCGACGGUAUUCUCAUCCGCCAGAACGACACCUCAAAGGUUCAGGCGCUCAAGGAUGUCUUUGGCAUGGGUGAUGUUACGGACAACCGUGACUUUGCUGGCCAGAUUACCGGUGUAUAUGGUCUGCAGAGCACCAACUGGGAUCCUGAAGAGAAUUCGCCUUCUUGGUUCAACUAUUGCCAGAACAUCACAGCAGAGGAGCCCACAGGCGAGAACCUCCGCCCAGCUGUUGCUGAACUUGUCUCAGCAGCUGGCUACACCAACGAUACCGUUGUGCAGAACAUCACCCUUAACGCUAUUGCCUGGCUCAACAGUACCGCGCUCGCUGGAUGGCGCCGCUCGAACAGGACUCAGGAUUCGUACUUCACCACGCUCAAUGCCACUGCGCUCCAGCAAUACACAUCCCUUGAGGAUUACAGCGCAACGAGCUGGAGCUACCAAGUUUGCACCGAGUGGGGAUACAUUCAAACCGGAAAUACCCCGGCCGAUAUUAUGCCCCUCAUCUCGCGUACUCUUGAUGUCGAGUAUCUGACCUUCUUCUGCCGUGCACAGUUCGGCAUCGAGCACCCUCCAGAGACUGAGCGCGUCAACAAGUACGGCAACUACAGCAUCGACUACGAGCGCCUUGCCCAUAUUGGAGGUAACGCUGAUCCGUGGAGACCCGCUACCCCGCUAUGGUACCCAGAGAGCAGGAACGACACCACUGAUCGCCCGUGGCACCUGAUCAGCCAUGGUGUACACCACUGGGAGGAGAAUGGUAUCUUUGAGAACCAGACCACCCCUGAGUUGCCCCCACCGCAGGUCGUGUACGCUCAGCAGUACCUGAAGAAUUUUGUUGUCGACUGGCUGAAGGAAUUUGAGGCCCAGAAGGAACACUCUGAGCUUCGCUGA